CUCCUUCAUAAAUCGUGGAGUUGAGUUUAGUCGGCUACUACCGUUUAUGCGAGAACCCGUUUGUGACGUGAGACGGCAAUCGUAGCUGGACGCUCAGCCUGAGAGGUUAAUGCCUGGCUGUUUAUCGAGAGAACAUAGCUACAGGGAGUUUAUAACACCGGGUUGGAGCUACAGGCACGGGCAAUCAUGGGCCACGGAGUCGGCUGAGGAUCCGGAGGGUUCUGCAAAACGCACCAAUCGCUUCCACUGCGGUGUAUGACAUGGCCACGGCCUCUUCCAGAACGGAGUGUAGCUAUAACCACGGACCGACGUCGCAGCUACAUGCCGUCGUUGCCUGUGCCAAACUCAAGCGGAAGAAGAGCUUGUUUGGGACGUCCAUCUAUGUGGAGGUGACAGCGGAAGGGGAGUCGCGCCGCACGGCAAAGUCCCACAGCUCCUCCAACCCCAAGUGGGAUGAGCGACUCACUCUAAAUGUCAGGCCACACACGCAGGUGGACUUUAAGGUGUGGAGUCACCACACCCUGAAGGCUGAUGCUCUGCUGGGGAAAGCCACUCUGGACCUCCUCCAGGCCUUGGAGCAGCAUGACAGGAAAUUGGAGAACGUGAAGGAGGUGUUGAAGCUGGUGCUGGACAAUAAGGGGGCUGUGGUUGCUACGGGAGAGCUGACUGUGUUCCUAGACGGUCUGACCGUCAACCAAGAACAACUGCUCAACGGCAACACUGCCACCUCUACCAAAGUCCAGCAGAACGGCGAUGCCAUUCAUGAAAAUGGAGGGGACACUCCAUCAAGGGCUCCCAACAGCUCAGUGAAUGGUGCUCCCACCUAUAACGGGGUGGACAGUGAGGGUCCCUCCACCUCCUCUGCCCACAGCGACUCCAGCCCCGGCCCCGCCCCUGUUGUCAACGGCGACGCAGCAUCCUCCCCGACCCACCAGACGGCCAUCCCCAAGCCCACGCCCAACCUCGCCCCCACCGACAGUGACGUGGCCAAUAGUACUGUUAAAGGUGAGGCCGCUGCUCCUGCCCCCACCACAUCCACAGACGAGACCCUGCCCCCUGCAGACGGCCCUGAGGACUGCAGCGAAGCCACGUCUGACCCUGCCCCAGCCACCAACCCAGCCUCCACUUCCACAACUGGUCCCUCUCCCCCUCAACCCACCACAGAGACUCCCUCCACUGAGCAUGACAGUGCUGCUGCUCCCCCCUUCUCCUCUUCAGCCUCGGGCCAGGCAGCCCCAGCCUCCUCCACCCCCAGCUCCACUCUGGAGGCAGCAGGGGGCUCCAGUGUGGCAGAAGCAGAUGAGGCCAAGCCCAGACAACAGGCCCCCAACGCAGGCACUUCAGACCCCCUCCCCCCUGGGUGGGAACAGAGGAAGGAUCCUCAUGGAAGAACCUACUAUGUGGAUCACAACACUAAAACCACAACAUGGGAGAGACCACAGCCCCUCCCGCCAGGUUGGGAAAGGCGUGUGGAUGACCGAGGCAGGAUCUACUAUGUGGACCACAACACCAGAACCACCACGUGGCAGAGGCCCACCAUGGAGUCGGUGCGUAAUUUUGAGGCAUGGCAGUCCCAGCGCAGCCAGCUCCAGGGGGCAAUGCACCAGUUCAACCAGAGAUACCUCUACUCGGCUUCCAUGAUGUCGGCAGAAAACGACCCUCUGGGACCGCUGCCGCCUGGUUGGGAGCGACGUGUGGACUCCAACGACCGGGUGUACUUUGUCAACCACAGCACCAAGACAACACAGUGGGAAGAUCCCCGCACACAAGGGCUCCAGAAUGAGGACCCUCUUCCUCAGGGUUGGGAGAUCCGGUACACGCGGGAGGGCGUCCGCUACUUCGUAGAUCACAACACUCGGACCACCACCUUCAGUGAUCCGCGCACAGGGAAGUCCUCUGUCACCAAAGGCCCACAGAUAGCGUACGAGCGCAGCUUCAGGUGGAAACUAGCACACUUCCGCUACCUCUGUCAGUCCAACGCACUCCCCAGCCAUGUUAAGAUCACCGUGUCUAGGCAGACGUUGUUCGAAGACUCUUUCCAACAAAUUAUGGCCCUGAAACCUUACGACUUGAGGAGGAGAUUGUACGUCAUCUUCAGAGGAGAAGAGGGACUGGACUACGGUGGUCUAGCCAGAGAGUGGUUCUUCCUGUUAUCCCACGAGGUGCUCAACCCCAUGUACUGCCUCUUUGAGUACGCUGGCAAGAGUAACUACUGUCUGCAGAUAAACCCAGCCUCCACCAUCAACCCUGACCACCUCUCCUACUUCUGCUUUAUAGGACGAUUCAUAGCCAUGGCCCUCUUCCACGGGAAGUUCAUCGACACAGGCUUCUCUCUGCCGUUCUAUAAACGCAUGUUGAACAAGAAGCUCAUCAUUAAAGACCUGGAGUCCAUCGACCCUGAGUUCUACAACUCUCUGAUCUGGAUCAGGGAUAACAACAUCGAGGAGUGUAGUCUAGAGAUGUACUUCUCUGUGGACAUGGAGAUCCUGGGGAAGCUCACGUCACAUGACCUGAAGCCUGACGGCAGCGACCUCCUGGUGACGGAGGAGAACAAAGAGGAGUACAUCGGGUUGAUGGCAGAGUGGCGGUUCUCCCGUGGCGUGGAGGGCCAGACCAAAGCUUUUCUGGACGGCUUCAACGAGGUGGUGCCUCUGCAGUGGCUCCAGUACUUUGAUGAGAAGGAGCUUGAGGUGAUGCUGUGUGGCAUGCAGGAGGUGGACCUACAGGAUUGGCAGAGAAACACUGUGUAUCGCCACUACACCAGGAACAGUAAGCAGAUCAUCUGGUUCUGGCAGCUGGUGAAGGAGGUGGACAACGAGGUGCGUCUGAGACUCAUGCAAUUUGUUACGGGGACCUGCAGACUGCCUCUAGGGGGCUUCGCUGAGCUCAUGGGUAGUAACGGGCCCCAGAAGUUCUGCAUUGAGAAGGUCGGAAAAGACACUUGGCUCCCUCGGAGUCACACUUGCUUUAACAGGCUGGACUUGCCCCCGUACAAAAGCUUUGAACAGCUGAAGGAGAAGCUGCUCUUUGCCAUCGAGGAAACAGAAGGAUUUGGCCAAGAGUAGAGAAAGAUGUCUCUCUCUCUACCACAGUAUAUCCAGCCAUGUAAAACAACAAAAAAUGAAACAUUGCACAGAACUACCAAUGUACAUAAGCUAUUUUGUCAUUUUAAAAACCAAAUCUUGAUUCACAACCUCAUUUUYGCAAUCCCCCUUAUAUUAUACCCCAUAAAAUAUGCAAGAAUUUCAGCUUUUCCUCUGCUUUUAAAAACUGAAAAAUCUAUGUAUGAUUCAUUUUUUUCCCCUUUUUUGGCUGGUUUUUAAAAGGAGACUGAAAACGUAGAGAGGAUUUUAUAGUUGAACCAUAACUUAUGGCUCUAGUUUUAUAGAGCUUUUAAGGGUGAUUGUAGUGUUUGGUCCGGUGCCUGGGUUUUUUGGACCUGUAGUUGUGAUUGUGCUGCGCUUGCAUGGCUGCCUCCAGAAAAGAGGAAGACUGCCUCCAACCCCAACUGCACAUCCACUCCUAUCAACAAAAGCCAGCUACCCAUCAGCCUGUCAGUAUUGUCAUUGAAUAAAAACCAGUAUUCAGUAGCCCUGACUCGAGUCCCCUCCAACUCUGCACCAAGAUAAGAGUAUGGUGAUUAAACGUCCAAUGCAGCUGUUUUUAUCUCUAUAUCAAAUCAUUUCUGGGUAACAAUUAAGUACCUUACUGUGAUAUUUAAUAAAAAUAAAAACAUUUUAAAUUUAAAACAAACCAAUAGCUUCUUAGCAAAGAGCAAUUUCGCAAGGAAGAAUUUCGCUAGGACUGUCUGGCCGUGGUAUGGGAGGGGAUAACUGUAAAUUAGCUGUUAUUUGCAGAGGGGUUUGGAACUUAUUGGUCUAUUAACCAAUUUACAGCAGGGUGACGUCACCAUGGAAUGCCAAAACCCUCCCACCAAAACAGGCAGAAAUUUCAGGCCGUCCUUUCAAACAGCCCUUACACUAAAAGGGCAUUAUAAUUUUCACAAUAUUAUUCCAACCUCAUAGUGUGGAGAUAUAUAUUCAUACAAACAAGAAUCACAUUUUUGACUGCACUGUGCUUUUAAAGUCUGGAUGAGUGGAUGGUACCUUCACUUGAGAUUAUCCAGUCUUGUUGUACCUUGGAUUAUGUGUAAACUUGGAGCUGUCGACGAAAAGGAAACGCUUACUUUUUUUUCUGGGCUCGAGUCAAGAACCAACAUCCUUUACUGUUGAAAUUUGUGAGAACAUGACUCAAGGAGGACGAUCAUCAGUUUUUACUCCGUGGUUGUGUGUAGCCUACACAGGUUUGUUGCUUCAGAAGAGGACAUGGAUCAAAUAAGUGGUUCCAUUUUAUGAAUCAGGUAAUGGGACCCCCCCCCCCCCCCCCCUUUAUUUUCCUUUUUUUUUUGUAGUUGCCUGAUAGAAUGGUACUUGCAUAGAGAUCCUAUACUUUUGAGUUCUAGGACCUCUAUGGGUGCUUGUUACUGGCUGUUUGUGUACACCAGCUCUGAGAGAGACAUGUUGUGACUGAGUGGUGUUGACUGGUGGCCGGGGUUGGGGGCUUCUAGGUCUGUUGCAGUGGCAGGUUUAUCACUGGCACUCAAAGCUUUGCUUUGCCAUGGCACUGCACCUUGCUACUCUUCUUAUAUCAUUUACCUGCCUAUUUAAUUUAUUAAGUCGUGUUAUUUUUUGAGAGAGAGCGAUUUAUAUAGCCUUCGUCUCAAAUGCUGUAUGUUCACCCGACGCAAAGCAGUUGCUACUAAUGGAGAGAAAUAAACACGAAAUGAAAAGGAGACAUUUAGUUAUGGAUGUAUCUAUCUCCCGUGGCCAUUUAUUUAUUUUUUGCAAGUGUGGUGCACGAACUCCCUUUCUGGGAUAGUAAAUUGAUUAGUUACUUGACUUUCCCUGCUAAGAAUGUUGAUCUGUAUGUCACAUGCAUACAACAGAAAUGUCAGUACCAGAAGUGCUUCCUAGUGCUAGUUGCUACCCACUAAAUGAAUGCUCAUGUAUUCAGCAAAAGAUGUCCAAAAAUGCAGUAAAAUCACAAUGUUUCCUUGCCAUGAAAUGAAUGAAAAUCAUCGAGUGACCUUUUUUCUUACUCAUAGACUUAGUAGCUAAGUAACUGAGCAGCCUUCUGAAGGGACAAUGAUUGUUAGUGUUACGCAGUGUAUAUCCCACCUUGAAACCCUACAAGGUCAUAUGCAUCAUCUCUGUGCAAGGAUACGUAGGUGUUCCAGCUCCCUUGAGCUAUAGUGUGAUAUUGUGCCAUCGCCGGUCAAAUAGAAUAACCUGCGAUAACAUUCUGCAGUGCAAACCCCCUGAACCCCACCCCAGUGCAAGUUCUUCCAUUGGUAGCAAACCCCACACCAUGCCAGUGCACAUUCUCCUAUAGGUAGUAAACCCCAUACCAGUCCAAGUUCUAUUAGUAUGUCAGCAACACAUUACCUGCCAUGCCAACCUUGAUGCUUUAGGCUGUCCUUCUCUUAGUUUGCAGAUGUUUAUUUUUUUGACAUUUUUCUCUCUUGUAAUGUGAAAUCUCUACCAACACCUCUGGUGCUUUUUUUGUUUUGAUUGUCUGGUGAGGGAGGGACAAGCCCUAGUCCAUCAGCUGUGACAAAGCAGUCUGCGUUGAAAUCUGUUCUGACCACUGCAAACCAUCAUUUAGAUUAUAGUUAGAACUUCACCAUGAACCUAUGUCAUGUGUAUAUAACAUCUAUUCACUUCCUAUUGGUGAGAGGGAUGGCAGAGGAAAAGGAGCAUUUGUGUAACUACCCUUGUAUGAAUGACAGAAGGAAAUCAACCCGCCACCUAAUGACAUGCUUCCUUUUGAACGAAUCAAAGUCAAUUGUAAAUGAACAAUGUAAAAAAGUAAAGUACUUAAUAAUUAUUCUUCAGAGCCUCACCAACAUCGACAGACGGGCUCUGUGAUGCCUCACUCAUAUCAGAGAUGAACUGUAACAUAUCGACGUAGAUGCACACUGUAAAACACCUAAUGCUACACUGUACAGAGCGCCCCCCCCCCCCCAUACCGGAGACUAUAGAAAAUGCAUUUUUGGUCUGCUUUAACCCAUGUUAAUGAAUGACUAGAAGAUGGAUUUAUGAGACAAAGAAAUAAACCCAUACCCCUCAUGCUUUUCUGUUUUGAGAGACGUGGGGGUGUCUGAGGCCUUCUGCUCAGGAUUCACAAACCUAUCACCUAUUUUUGUUCUUAAAAACAUGUAUUUUUUUUUUUUGGUUGGGUCUUGCCUGUGGAAAGAACCAUAUUUAAUAAAUAUAUCUGACCAUC